GCAGGUGUGUACAAAGCUCAUGCGCGUCUUGCAAAAGUUUUGAUAUAGCUAAUUGUUACAUAGUUGAUUGUAUACGCGCCAGCCUUUAUCUACCAUCAAGGCUUGCACCUCAUUGUCCAGCUCUAUAGGCACGUUUCGAACAUCUACGACAAAAGAAAAAGAAAAAAACGGAGGGGAAAAAACUUCAAACAUGGGCAAGCGCAAGACGGAAGAAUCCAACGGCGUUGAAGUCACAUCCAAAAAGCGGCGGCGCGACGAGGCCGAGGUCGACAAUGUCGAGAUUGCCGACGCGGCCAAGGCAGAGAAGAAGAGGUUAAAGAAGGACAAGAAGGACAAGAAAAAGGCAGAGGUUGCGGUGAACAACGAGGAGGGCGCAGACGACGAGGAACAGCAGAAGAAGGACAAGAAGCAGAAGAAGGAGAAGAAGGCAAAGAAAGCUGAGGAGGAGGAGGAGCAAGUCGCCCCUGUUGCAGACGUAGCAGAGUCGGAAAAGAAGGAGAAGAAGGACAAAAAUGACAAGAAGAGCAAAAAGUAUAGCAAGGCCAAGUCGGAAGACGGCGCCACGGACGGUCAGGGCGACGAGGAGAAGCCCAAAACGAAGAGGAAGCGGGAGGCCGAGGAGACCAGUGCCGUAGCUGAUGCGCCAGCCGCAGUCGACGAAAAGUCCGAGAAGAAGAAGAAGAAGAAGAAGAGCAAGGAUGGCAAGAGGAGCGAAAAGAGCAGCGAGGAGUCGGCGGGAGACAAGAACGGUAUCGCCGCCGGGACCACGACGAGCAAUUGCGACGGGGCAGCGGAUGCCGGCACACAAGAAGGAGACGACGAGGAGCAGCAGGCCGCAGGCAAGAACGCGCGCUUCAUCGUCUUUGUCGGCAACCUCCCCUUCACGGCGACCAAGCAGCACAUCGAGGCGCACUUUGCCAGCCUCAAGCCCACGUCGGUGCGGCUGCUCACCGACCGGAACGACCCCAAGAAGUCGCGCGGCAUAGCCUUUGUCGAGUUUGACAACUACAGCCACAUGAAGACGUGCCUGGCCAAGAUGCACCACUCCGAGUUUGAGGACGGCGUGUCGGCGCCGCGGAAGAUCAAUGUUGAGCUGACUGCCGGCGGAGGCGGCAAGACACCGUACCGCAACGAAAAGAUCAGGGCAAAGAACGACAAGCUGCGCGAGGAGCGCGCGCGUAGGAUGAAGGCCGAACUCGAAGCCAAGCACAAGGAGGACGAGCAAGAUGGGAUCCAUCCUAGUCGGAGGGCCCAGAUGCAUCGGAGCCAACAUGCCGAUGCGCAAUGAGGGUGGCUCUAAAAGAAGUGUACGAGUUUCUUUUUUUCCCCGGGCUGUCGGACUUGAUAUGAUAAUCAAAAAAGAGCAAAAAAUACCACGUUGUUUCUAGCAAGAGGGUUUAGUAUACCCUUCUGCGCUUAGCCUAUCUCGUUUCCGUCAGAGUAUGCUACGAAUACGAUAGAAAAGCGCCGUAAGAGAUACCGCUUUCGGAGGGAGUUCUUUUGUUGUCUCGACCAAGUAUACCCUGGCGAAAGCGACCAGGCUCGAGUUUGACUGUAAAGAUAUUUUUACAGUGCACCUGGGGCAAAAGCGUCAACGCAUGAGCUGCCGGCCUAUCUCAUAGAAAAGAAGAAGAAAAAAGGGCGGAAUUAACUCUAUAUUCGCCUUGACUGUGUCAAGGGCCCUGACACCUAUAGACAUGGACUCAACUUGGUAAUCUUGAUUCAACCGAAAAGAUGGUGCGAAAUGUAGUCAAGCACAUUGGAUGGACACAUGAAUCAAAUUUCGCGAUAAGUCCUCUCUGGACAAGAUCCCAAGCAAUAGUCCGAUGAUUCCAGCUGUGCAACUCGUCCGGUCUAGCUGCCAUUCGCCACUCCCCGACUUCUAGAAUACGUCAAGAGGGCCGAUAUAGCACGGCUUUCUGGUCGGCAAGGCCGAAAAGUCUGGUCCCACGCUUGUUAUGCCCAACAAGGCGGCCGAUCAUCCCAAAAAGACGAAGCCAGUCUAGUCAGCAG